AGCGAUCACCAAACCGCUGCUUAGUGACGAGCGACCAAUAGGAAGCUUCUCCCUGAGCUGCGGUCUGAUAUCCGCGUUUAGCUUCAGCGCUCAUAAAGUCUCGUUUUAGGGUUUAAACAUUUAACAGUCAGACCUGAAAUGAGUCAGUCUUUAAGGCCUGAACUUGCGGCAGACAAAACGAAGCGUAAGAAGAGGAGAGAGCUCACCGAGGAUCAGAAACAUGAAAUCAAAGAAGCCUUCGAGCUGUUUGACACCGACAAAGAUAAAGAAAUCGAUUAUCACGAGCUGAAGGUGGCGAUGCGAGCGCUCGGCUUUGAAGUGAAGAAAGUUGAUGUUUUGAAGAUUCUUAAGGAUUACGACAGAGAGGGAAACGGAAAAAUAUCAUUUGAGGAUUUCAAUGAAGUCGUGACUGAUCGCAUCCUGGAGCGAGACCCGAAGGAGGAGAUCAUGAAGGCCUUCAAGCUGUUCGACGACGACGAGUCCGGAAAGAUCAACCUGAGGAACCUGAGACGAGUCGCUCGAGAACUCGGGGAGAACGUCAGCGACGAGGAGCUGCGGAGCAUGAUCGACGAGUUCGACCACGACGGAGACGGAGAAAUAAACCAGGAGGAGUUCCUCUCCAUCAUGACCGGAGACUCCUGAUGAGGACCUCUAACGACGUCGAGGACUUUGUGGUCGUUCGGUCGUCUGCGUUCUGAGAAUCUGAGUGACUGAACUUCUGUCGGAGUGUGAAUGAAGGUCAACGAGGGUCAGAAUCCUGCUGAGGGUCUGACGUGGACCAGAGUGACUCUCUGGCCUCGUGGUUUAUACUUGAUUCAUUCAACAUUAAAGGACCAGACCGUCUUUUCUGAGGAUCGUUGUUGAUAUCACGCCGCUCUAAAGUUCUAAUUUUCUCAAAGUGUUUUUAGCUUUUACAUGAUCCUGUCUUCAUAAAAACGUGCUGCAGAGUCGCCUCAAAGGUGGAAGAUAUUUAAGAUAUGGAUGAAGAUGUUAGUGUUUAUAUUUCCAGAUCACUUUGUCACAUCCAGAUAACUAGUAGAAGGAAAAGAGAUUCAUUAGCUGACACUCAUUUCAUACAGUAGAGGAUGUUUUCACUGUUUGUAUUUACAGUUUAAACAACGUGAAUGUUUGAAUGUUCUAUUUAUUUUGUAUAAUAAUAAAUCGAUUCGC